UUUCUCUUCAUUUCGACAUUUCCUAUUGGUUUCCUCUUCACAAAUCAAAAACUUUUCCUUCUGCUUGUUCAUCGGCAUCUUAGAGAUUUCACUUUUUUAAAAAUGCCUGCUUGGUGGGUUAAAAAGUCGAGUAAGAACAAAGAAGAGAGUCAAAAUCGGAGUACACAGGGCACCAGCAUCGGAGUAAUCAAGCUUUCGCCUAACAAAACAGAUGUUGUUUCUGCUGCUGGUGUUUCCCCCGGCGGCGGAUCUUCUGGUAAACUGAAAGCAGCAGCAGCAGCCGAUGACAAGAGCCACAAUAACAACAACUACUCAAAGAGCUUUGAUAGUGGAGGAGGGUUCGUUUUAACCUCCGGAAAUUCGCCACGUGCCAGCAAGGACUUCAGCGUCGUUGUUGGGUCAUCCGGAUUUUCGGGUUUCGAUUCGGAUUCAGGGGAAAAAAUAGGGAUUCCUUUGCCUACGCCAUCUGUCUCAUCGAUGCAAAGCGAUCAUGUUGUCGGGUUAGGAUCCGGGUCGCCUUCGGUUUCAAGUGAUAGCUCUUGUGACGAUAGUCAUAUUGCAAAUGAUCCGGGCCAGUUCAUCGCAUACAGGUCAUAUAUUGAUCCCAGAGGCCAAGGUGAAAUUAAUGCAAGGUCGAGAAGCCCCGGUCCACGGGCGAAAGGGCCUACCAGCCCGACAUCGCCUCUUCAUCAUCAACUGUCUGCAGUGAGUAUAGAUUCCACGACAGGGAGAAAGGAAGAUGGGAAAUCCGUGGGUCACAAGUUACCUCUUCCACCGGGUUCUCCUACUAGUCCCUCUGCUUCCUUGCCUAGCAUUAGCACAAGAGCUUGUGGAGUGAGUGAAAAUUCACAUUGUACUCUAUCAAAAUGGCGAAAAGGUAGACUAUUAGGGAAGGGAACUUUCGGGCACGUUUACCUUGGAUUUAAUAGUGAAAGUGGGCAGAUGUGUGCAAUAAAAGAAGUCAGGCUUGUCUCUGAUGACCGGACAUCAAAAGAAAGCCUAAAGAAACUGAACCAGGAGAUUAAUUUGCUGAGUCAGCUAUCUCAUCCAAACAUUGUACGAUACUAUGGAAGCGAACCGGGUGAAGAGGCGCUCUCAGUCUACUUGGAAUAUGUCUCUGGUGGUUCAAUCCACAAAUUGCUUCAAGAGUAUGGUGCCUUCAAGGAACCUGUUAUUCAAAACUAUACAAAACAAAUUCUUUCCGGGCUUGCUUACUUGCAUGGAAGAAAUACAGUGCACAGAGACAUAAAAGGAGCGAACAUAUUAGUAGAUCCUAAUGGAGAAAUCAAGUUGGCAGACUUUGGCAUGGCAAAACAUAUAACAGCUUGUGGUGCAAUGCUUUCGUUCAAGGGAAGUCCUUACUGGAUGGCACCCGAGGUUGUAAUGAAUACAAAUGGCUACAACCUUGCAGUGGAUAUCUGGAGCUUGGGCUGCACUAUACUUGAAAUGGCAACAUCAAAACCACCAUGGAAUCAGUAUGAAGGGGUGGCUGCAAUAUUUAAAAUAGGAAACAGUAAAGAUAUGCCAGAGAUUCCUGAUCACCUUUCUAGUGAAGCAAAAAGUUUCAUAAGGCUUUGCUUGCAAAGAGAACCGUCAACUCGUCCUACAGCCUUACAACUGCUAGAUCACCCUUUCAUUCAUGAUCAAGCAACAACAAGAGUUGCUAACAUCAGCAUAACCAAGGAUUCAUUUCCUUACACUUUUGAUGGAAGCCGCACUCCGCCCAUGUCAGAAAUGCUGUCCAAUAGGAGUAAUAUUGAUGGAGAUUAUGAGACAAGGGGAAUGACUACAACUUCAAAAGCUUUAAGGAGUCUAAGAGAUAAUGCAAGAGCAAUCACAUCUUUGCCCGUGUCUCCUUGUUCAAGUCCGUUAAGGCAUGGUAAAGCCCACAAGAGUGCUUUUCUUUCUCCUCCCCAUCCGGCUUAUCAGUUUGUAGGACAGAGCAGCUACAACUUGGCUGAUUUCUCUGUAAAUGCUUCAAGACCAAAUCAAAAAUACACAAUGGAUCCCUGGUUUCAAGGCACCCCACCAAGAACAAGACCCAUUUGAGAUAUUGUAAAUAGUGACCGGAUAAAUAUCCUUUUUCCGCUCCAUCUAAAUGUCUAACGAAAUUGAGUAUAUUGCUUUGACAGAAGGAUCCCCCCUCCCUAUUCUGUUUAAUUUGGCCACCCAUCCUUCUAGCCAACUAUUUGAAGAGGGAACAUUCGGGGACAAUGGGAGUUUUGUUGCAGGGGAAAGAUAAACAAUCUCUGAAACUUCGAUCUUGUAACACACUCGUUGAUUUUUCUAUAUGGAAGGUGGCCCUCAGUCUGUUAACA